AUGGAAAAUCUUAAAUUCAUACUUGAAGACUCAUCUAAUGACGUGUCUCCAGUUGAUGAUCCAUUAAAGUACAAAAUAAAUGUAAAGUCGAAACUGAUAACUCAUGAAAAUGCCAUUAAAAUCCCAAAAAAGAAACAAACUACUUGUCAUGACCAUCUUAUAAGUUAUAUGAGUUCAAUUGCAGUUGCACUAAGACGUUCAAACCUAUUAAAAUCCCAUCUUUUUGGAGGCUUUAACCAAACGAGGUUCAACGAAACGCUAAAUCGUGAUUUUUCAACACGCUUUCAUGCACUUCUUGUUGUAUUUUUAAAGCUUAGCGGGUUACUAAAUGAAUUAACUGCAGUUGCAGUUUUACACGGAGAGGAAAUCGUUAUGUGA